AAUUGUACAACAUACAUAUAGCAUUCACAGAAAGAAUUGUUGUCAUCUCAUCGUCGUCCGUCACGAUAAAAACAAAAGUAUUUCAAAUAUUUUCAUUUCGAUAAUAAAUCAAUUAAUUAAUCAUGUCGGCAAGAUACGAUCGUGCAGUUACAAUCUUUUCACCGGACGGACAUUUAUUGCAAGUAGAAUAUGCUCAAGAAGCUGUUCGCAAAGGAUCCACUGCCGUCGGGGUACGCGGAGCCAAUGUAGUUGUGUUGGGCGUUGAAAAGAAAUCGGUGGCAAAACUUCAAGAAGAACGAACCGUUCGUAAAAUUUGCUUAUUGGACAGUCAUGUGGUGAUGGCAUUUGCUGGUCUAACCGCUGAUGCUCGUAUUUUAAUCAAUCGAGCUCAAGUUGAAUGCCAAAGUCACAAACUCAGUGUCGAAGACCCGGUCACAUUGGAAUAUAUCACAAGAUAUAUCGCCGGCUUGAAACAAAAGUACACUCAAAGCAAUGGACGUCGUCCAUUCGGUAUUUCAUGUUUAAUUGGCGGUUUUGAUUAUGAUGGUAAGCCACAUCUAUACCAAACCGAACCGUCUGGUAUUUACUACGAAUGGAAAGGAAAUGCAACGGGCCGUUCGGCGAAAACAGUACGUGAAUUCCUUGAAAAAUACUACAAUGACGACGAAGUCGCAACCGAAGAUGGUGCUGUGAAAUUGGCAAUCAAAGCAUUGCUUGAGGUGGCACAGUCCGGCCAAAAGAAUUUGGAAAUUGCGGUCAUGGAACGUAAUAAACCAUUGAAAAUGCUGGAUGUCGAUACAAUCGAAAAGUAUGUGAACAUCAUUGAAAAGGAGAAAGAAGAGGAAGCCGAAAAGAAGAAGCAAAAGAAGUGAAUCUAAGAUUAAACAUAAAAAAAAACAUUUUCAUGUUGAUGA